AUGAUUUUAAAUUCAUCUAAAAUGGCUAAUGUCGAUGAAGAAACACGUUGGAUACAUUCAGAUACAGAUCUUUUAUCAGGUCAUGGGGUUACUUAUAAUGUUAAUUAUCUUGGCUCUGUUGAAGUACUUUGUUCGAUGAAAUCACUUGAUUUUGAUAAUCGUACACGAGUUGCACGUGAUUCUAUACGUUUGGUAUGCACGGCAGCUGGUCUUACACUUCGAGAAAGACGUAAACCUGACACAUUAUCAAAUGAUCAAUCAAUGAUUUCAACACAAGCAAAUUUAACACAUAGUCAUACACCUGUUCAAUUAAUAAUUAGUACUGAUGCACUUGUACUUAAACGUAAAAAUGAUUCUCAAAUACUUUGUUCACAUAGAAUGGAAGGAAUCUCAUUUGCAAGUGCUGGUGAACAUGAUACAAAAGAUUAUAUAGCUUAUGUAGCGAAAGAUAAUAUGAAUAAACGGGCAUGUCACGUACUUUCAUGUGAACCAAAUGAGUCAUUAGAUGUUAUUACAACUAUUGGACAAGCUUUUGAACUACGAUAUAAUGAAUAUAUGCAAAUCCAACAACAAGCAAAUGAACAACAGGGAUCGUUUAAAUCAUCUGAUCAUAAUCGACAACUUCUACAUAAACAAGAUGAAAAUCAAAAUCGUUUUUUUUCGAACAAUAUUAAUAAUCAACAACAAGAGACACAGGGUAGAUGGGAUAUAAUGAAUAAUUUGGAUGUUUACAAAGAAAAUUGGUUUCAUGGAAAGAUUAGUCGAGAAGAGGCUGAACAUUUAUUAACUCAUAGUGGUGAUUUUCUUGUACGUGAAAGUGUAAAAAUUCCUGGUCAAUUUAUUUUAUCAGGUCGUUAUCAAAAUCAAUUUAAACAUUUACUUCUUGUUGAUCCUGAAGGAGUUAUUCGUACAAAAGAUUAUGAAUUUGAUUCAAUUCAACAUCUUAUAUCGUAUCAUAAAUCAGGCAAAAUUCCUAUUGUAUCUGCUGAUAGUGAACUUCAUUUACAAACACCUAUUUUACGUGUUAAAUGA